AUGGGGAAGGUGUUGCACUGGACAGUUUUGGCCGUUUUGCUGCAGUUGCAGCUGGGCUCUGCAUAUAAACUUGUGUGCUACUUCACUAACUGGUCUCAAUAUCGACCAGACCCUACUCAGUACUUCCCAAAAAACAUUGACCCAAAUCUUUGUACCCAUUUGACUUAUGCCUUUGUUACUAUGAAAGACAACAAGAUAGCGCCUUAUGAAUACAAUGAUGAAGAUGAACUCUUCCCUCAGUUCCAAGCGCUGAAAAAGAGCAAUCCCAAACUGGUUACCCUGCUGGCUAUUGGAGGAUGGAACUUUGGCACUGAUAAGUUCACCAUCAUGGUAUCUACGGAAGCUAAUCGCAAGAUCUUCAUUGAUUCUGUGAUUGCAUACCUCCGUAAAUUUGGCUUCGAGGGGAUCGACCUGGACUUUGAAUACCCAGGCUCGAGGGGCAGUCCCCCUGAGGAUAAGCACCGGUUUACCCUCCUGAUUCAGGAAAUGCUCGCUGCCUUUGAAAAGGAGUCUGUGGAGUCUAAGGAGUCUAGACUACUGAUCACAGCUGCAGUAUCAGCUGGUGUGGAGACUAUUAAUGCUGGAUAUGAAAUUGCUGAGAUAGGGAAACUGCUGGAUUUCAUCAGUGUGAUGACGUAUGACUUCCAUGGUGACUGGGAUACGACCACAGGAUGCAACAGCCCCUUAAACUCGGGUUCUGAUUGGUGUGAAGAUCAGUGUUUCAAUUGUAAAUGUGCUAUGGAGUAUUGGAGGGAUCAAGGUACCCCAGCUGAGAAACUACUGAUGGGAUUCCCCACCUAUGGCCGGUCUCUCAGACUCAGCAGCAGCAGUAGCACAGGCCUCUGUGCAUCAAUCUCUGGGGCUGGUCCUCCAGGAUCAUAUACAGAAGAAGCAGGAUACUGGUCUUACUUUGAGGUCUGCGCUUUCCUAAAGGAAAAGGACACUCAAGUGAAAUGGCUGGAUGAACAAAAAGUUCCGUAUGCCUAUAAUGGAAACACCUGGGUAACUUUUGAUAACAUUUGCAGCUACAGAUACAAAGCCAAAUACUUGAAAGAGAAGAAUUUUGGAGGUGCCAUGAUAUGGGCUAUUGAUCUGGAUGACUAUCUCGGUACUUUCUGCAAUGAAGGAACAAAUCCUUUAAUAAGUGAGCUGAAGAGAUUGCUCGAAACAAGUGAUCCUAUUGUGCCAAACUGCCCUAAUGAAGUUGAUCCUCCAGUGACCCCUCCAGUUGAUCCUCCAGUGACCCCUCCAGUUGAUCCUCCAGUGACCCCGUCAGUUGAUCCUACCACUACCUCUCCAGGGAGUUCAGGAGAUGAAAACUUUUGCAUUGAGAAAGUGGAUGGCAUGUAUGCUGACCCAAAACACCAAUCAAACUUCUACAUUUGUGCAGGAAACCGCACAUACCAUUUCAAUUGUCCAGCUGGUCUAAUCUUUAAUAUCGACUGCAAGUGCUGUGACUACCCGAAAGCAUCGUUUCAGGGUUUCUACAGCUUCCCUGGAAUUGGCUACAAGCAUGAGAUUGAGCUGAAUGUCAUCCACUUAUUAGUGACAACCAAGCACAAAUUUCUGAAUGACCUCACCCAGAGACUUCAUGAAGGUGCAGAACAAGGGUACUCAGGUUUCACCCUUUUGCUGAAUCUGCAGCUUGGUUGUGCCUACAAACUUGUAUGUUAUGUCACUAACUGGGCUCAAUACAGGGCAGGAGCUGCGAGGUUCACACCACGUGAUAUAGACCCGUUCCUAUGUACCCACUUGAUAUAUGCUUUUGCUGGCAUAACCAACAACCAAAUUGCCGCUACAGAAUGGAAUGAUAAAACUCUUUACAGACAACUCAACGCCUUAAAGGAGAGAAAUAAAAACCUGCGCACACUGCUAGCUGUUGGAGGAGGAAGCUUUGGUACCCAGAAGUUUACUACCAUGGCUUCCUCUCCAGCCAAUCGCCAGAUAUUCAUUAGCUCAACAGUAGAUUUUCUCCGCAAACAUAAAUUUGAUGGACUAGACAUUGACUGGGAAUAUCCAGGUUCUAAUGGUAGUCCCCAAGAGGAUAAGCAUCACUUUACCAUCUUGACUCAGGAGCUGUUGGCUGCUUUUGUAGAAGAGGGCAAUAGGACAGGACGUCCACGACUUCUGCUUUCUGCAGCAGUCUCUUCCAACAAGCAUACCAUUGAUGCUGGGUAUGAAAUUCCUGCCCUGGGGAGGAGCCUUGAUUUUAUCAGCGUGAUGACCUAUGACUUCCAUGGAAAAUGGGAACCUGUAACAGGACAUAACAGCCCUCUUCAUAAGGGUUUAGCCUCCUAUGACCCAGAUCCCUUCUACAACUGCGAAUAUGCCAUGAAAUACUGGAAGGACAAUGGAGCCCCAGCAACAAAACUUAUUAUGGGAUUUCCAACAUAUGGACGAACUUUCAGACUUUCGGGUGAAAAUACUGCAGUUGGUGCUCCAGUAUCUGGUGCAGGUUCUCCUGGAGCCUACACUCAAGAGGCUGGUAUUUUGGCAUAUUUUGAGGUGUGUACAUUUUUGCAAGGAGCGACCAAGUCCUGGAUUACAGAACAGAAGGUUCCAUAUGCUGUCAAAAAUACAGAAUGGAUUGGAUAUGAUAACAAUAGGAGCUUUCAGCUCAAAGCGGAGUUCUUGAAAAAGGAGCGCUAUGGAGGAGCCAUGGUUUGGACUCUUGGCAUGGAUGACUUCUUUGGCACAUUCUGUGGUCAGGGAAACAAUGUUCUUGUCAAUACACUAAAAAGUUCCCUGGAAAAACAAGAACAGAACAAGAAAACAUGUCACAUGGAUGAGCCUAAGGUAAAAUCUUCACAUUUUUGA